CGGAGACGUAAACAGGAUUUGGUUGACGAUUUUUUAAUAUUUUUUUUGUUAAUUUAAGGAUGAGGAUUUUUUAAAAUCAUGUUCACUCCCUGGUUGAGACAAUUUAGUCAUCUUGCCUCCAGUUGAAUGACUAUUAUGCAGUAAAAUUUCUGUGCGCAUUGCCAGUGAAGUGUAAUGCGUGGUGUAAAUUUACUAAUCUCUGCUGAUUUUUCUUACAGUUUACAGUGCUUACAGUACCGUAAGUAAAUUUCCAUGAAAUAUAACAAGUAAGUAGCAGCUUCAUAACUACAUCAGUUCAGUCAUAAUCACUCAAUCAGUGUGCAUUGAUAAAGCCCGGUUGAGGCUGUUCUUUUAAAUCUUGUCUUAAUCAACUUAGUCUCAAAUUUACGUUAAAAGUUACAAUAUGAAUGUGUGAAAUUAAUUUUGAAACCGAAUUUUUUUAAACACUAUUUCAGUGAAACUGGUUGUUACAAACACUCUAAAAGACAAAAUUAUUAUAAUUAUGCCACAAAGUUCACAAAUACUAAUCUGAUAGUAGAAUAAUAAUAUAUAAUAGGCCUAAAUGAUAUGCUAUGCCGUGCCUAGUAUUAUGGCUUAUUUAAACUUAUAAUUUAUAUUCAUAAUUUAAUAUUCAAGGUGAAGUCAAAUCAUUGAUACAACUAAGUAAAUUUUUUUUUUUUUUAAUUUAAAUGAAAAAAGUGGGUGAGGCUAAUCCAUGCAUUACAAAAAGUCAAAAACAUAGGCUACUAUGUUACAUAGCACUAGGGACCCUACCACUUCUUAUGUUGUGUACUAUUAUCAUUUGCCAUCCAUACUCUCCCAGAGCCCAGAGUGUUUUAAAAACUAUUGUGUCCACUGUCCUUUGGCGGAGUUUCGACCUGGGUAUUUCAAUAUACAUACUGAUAUCCGUGGUUGCUAUCUCCACUACCAUUCCCUUUUUUUUUUCAGGUGAGAGGGGGCCCAUUUCAUUUCCUUCAGAAAAAAUGCUUGGCAACUCUAAACCCCCCCCCCCCCCCCCCAACUUAAAAAAAAAAGUGGAUAGUAAAUAUUUCUAGUGACCAUUCAAUGACUUUGUAAAGUUCAUUAUCAGCUGCCUUUGUGUCUCAUUUUAAUCUUCUCUCUAUUGAAAUUCCAAUCGUGUCUCAAUUUUAAAGUGCCCCCCCCCCCCGCGCCAACUUAAAAAAAAAACAACACAUCUUUUUACUAUAAAAUGGAUACAACUUAUUAUACACCAAGCCUUAUGUAGGUGUAGUUGAUGGCAUUAUUAAUAUUGACAUGGUCAUGGAACUUUAAGUCUGAAACUCUUAUUUAUUAGCAUUUUAGGCCAAAAUUUCACUAAACCUAUAACUAUUGGCUUGGUGGUUAAACAGUUUUUAAAAUCAUUACUAACUGGAAGGUCUAGCAAUAUAUUUUUGAAUUAUAAUUUAUAUCUAUUCAAUUGUUAUUAUAAGACCACUAUAUGAAAGUGAAAGGUUAUUUGAUUUUUUCAUCAAAAUCAAAUAUAAAAUUUUAUGUUUAAAAAGGUUUACUAAACAACCAUAAGCCUUAUGAUAUCAAAAAGAAAAUAUUGAUGUGACAUACAAAUGAAUAGUAUGAUAGCUUUAAAAUUUAUUUUAAAAAAUAAAGCAAAGGGGAGUGACUUAUAGGUCACUGGAAAAAAUAUAUAAAUCAUUAUGACAUUAUUUAUACAUUUUUAAAAUUAUUUUGCAGUUUCAUCCCUUUCAAAACAAGAUGGGUCAGUCACAUGGAGGAAUGCUUUUGAAUAAAGAUAAGGGGGACAUUAAAUUUCUUAAUGCAGACAGGAAUAUAGUGAAAGAAGAAAUUGUUUUACCAGAAGGAGAAAAGGGGAAAUUGGCUUUUGUUCUUCACAAUGUAAUUUCAAGGGAGGUAAGGGUUAAACAUUGUUAUGUGUGUUUUUGUUCUUGCUAGUGUUAAAUAAAAUACAGAAUAAGUUUUUUUUAUAUUUAGAUCAGCGGUUCUCAACUUGUGGGUCACGACCACUUUGGGGGUCGAAUGAACCUUACACAGGGGUCGGCUAAGACCAUCAGAAAACACAUAUUUAUGAAGCAGCAACAAAAAUAAUGUUAUGGUUGUGGGUCAUAAAUAAUGUUAUGGUUGUGGGUCACCACAACACAAGGAAUUGUAUUUAAGUAUCGCGGCAUUAAGAAGGUUGAGAACCACUGAUUUAGAUGGUUAACCCUGUGUGUGCAGUAAGUUAUUAUUUCUUUGAGAUACUGGGUAUAUCUUAGAGCUCCAAAAUAUCUGUAUUUUUAAUUAUUUUAAAUGACAGUGCUAAAAAAAUCUCAUCUUAUAGCUAUAGGCCUGAUUAUUUAUUCCCUUUUUCCUAAGUCUAAACAAACUUCUAUACAUAAUAAUAAUUUUUGUCUAAGAGUGUGUCCUUGGCCUUUAUUCCACAAAAGUGUCCAGGCAACAUUAAAUAUUAAGAACCCCUGUAGUAAACGCAUUUUUAAAUUAACCCCAUAAAGUUGAUUCCCUUCAUCUUCUUCUGUAUCCAUGGGAUGAGAGACUUCUUACUUAAGUUAGCCUUCUCUGAACAGAAGUGUAUGGUCAAAUGUGAGAAUGUCAGGAGUAUGUUUUUGAACAAUGACCUUGUUUCAUUUAUUCCCAGGAAUGUCAGAGCAUCAUUGAUGACACAGAAAAACGGGGCUAUGACGUGGCAUUACUAAACGUUGGCCAAGACAAGUAGGUAUUAUGGGGCAUUAGUUUGCCUGCAGUAUAUGAGGUUAGACUAUGCAUAUUUAUGUGAGUGUAUUCAUGUUGGUAUGUUUAAGUGGUGAACAGAGAUUGUUCAUGUAGAAUAUUAAUUGAGUGUUACAGGUUGUCUGCACUGAAAAAAAUAUUGGUUGCAUUUUAAUGCGGAUGUAUAAGUGGAUUAAUGAGGCUCACAGUUUUUUUAAUAAUGAUUCUGUGCUGUUGUAUAAUUUGUCAGUGUAAGUGUAGUGUUAUUGUGAUGACGAAAAGUGGAAUCUUGAAUUCUAGUAUGAUUUAAUGGAGGGGAUGGCUGUCCGGUCAAGUAUGUCAACACAAGAACUUGACAUACAAAACGUAUAAGCUCGAUUUCAAUAUUUAAACAAGCAAAACAACACUAUCAGCGGAUGGGCCUCGCCUUGGAUGAUGGCUCAUGUAAGAGAGGGAAACUCUGAUUGCAAACCUCCGCUGACAUGCGGCUACAAAACCAUGGUGAAAGGCUAAGGGAGACAACCCAAGGGAAUGAUCUCCAUAAAAGAAAUGCCAAACUAUAAAUAAAAACAUAAAUUAAUUAUAUAUUUAUUACUUUGGGUGGUGUCCUUCCUUAAAUUUGGGCUUUUUGUAUUAAUUGAAGAGCAGGGAAUGAACCAUGUAUGAUGUCCAUUUGGUGAUUUUAUUCAUCCAUUUUGUGAAUUUAUUAAUUUUAGGCAAGCAUUGGUCACAGAAGUCCGUAACAGCAAGCGGUGCAUCAUUGACUCAGUGGAGUAUGCAGAUGAACUCUGGAGCAAAAUUAAAGAAUUUGUACCUGAAGUUUUCAAGGGAAGGAAAAUUUUGGGCCUUAAUGAGAGGUACAAAUGUUAAGAUUUGGUAAAAAAUUUUUUGGACUACAUUGACUAAAUUUAAUCAUUUAUUUAAAUAAGUUUCUAUGAGCAGGAUUGUUGUUCAAAUGAUAUUAUUCCUCUGCGUGUAGUUUGGCGGUCGACUGUUUAUUCUGAGCAGUUCAUCACUGCUGUAAAUCAUAUAACUGUUUAUAUAACUCUAUUCACAAGAAAUUUGCACAUAACUGUAAUCACAAGAAAUGUUUAUAUGCCGGGUAUAACUGUAUUCACAAUUAAUGUCUAUAUAACUUUAUUCACAAGAAAUGUUUAUAUAACUGUAGUGACAAUAAAUGUUAAUAUAACUUUAUUCAAAAGAAAUGUUUAUAUAUUUCAAAACCCUUCAAUUAUUAAAUAAUAAUAAAAUUAAGAGUGAUGUCAUCAUCAGUAAACUGAGCUCAACAUCUGCCAGUCAGAUGAAUUGGCCUAUAUUUUUCACAACAUCUGCCUGUCAGACGAAUUGGCCUAUAUUGUUCUCAACAUCUGCCAGUCAGAGGAAUUGGCCUAUAUUGUUAUUUCAUCCCUUGUCCCAACACAUUACUUUUUAGUAAUGAAAAUAAGUGAUAUGAUAAUGACAUGAAUUUUACACUGAGAAGCCCAACAAAUGAACUCAAUCCAGAGAAUCUGUCUUGUAUUUUGUCCAACUAAUUUUGAGCUGAACUGCCCACAAGCAACUUUUUCACUUCAAAACGUAUUUUAUUUUUCAACAUUCUGCCAGAAAACACAGACCUAAAACUGUCCUACUUGAGUAUGAGUUGCAUUCAUGUUUUUCGUGUGCUCCACAGACUACGGUUCCUUCGAUAUGAACCGGGAGAUUAUUUCAGAUGUCACCUUGAUGGCUCUUUCGUCAGAGACAAUGGAGAGACGAGUUUGAUUACACUCAUGUUGUAUCUUAAUGAGGUAAGUGUUAUUUUGUUAUCUUUUGGAGUGGGGGUGGGGCUAAUCCUACUCUGAAGUCAUUGAUUUUUAAAUUUAAACUACCGGGUAUCUGUAACAAUGAAUAUGUAACCUUCUUAUGGAUGAUGGCACUUAUGGUUCAGUAAAGUUACUCAUACAAUGUUAGCUAAAACUGUGAGUUCAAUGUAAGCGAUGGCUUGCCGCUAUUAAUUGAAUAAUUCAUUCACUCCUCAAAAACUGUCUCUUUCUCUCUCUUAAGAAUCGACAAUGUUCAAAUUAAUAAUAUACACAGCACUUUAUUACAUAUACUAAAUAAGUCAAAUAAUUCCUUGAUAUAUAAGGAUACUAUUGUAACAAUCAUAAUUGCUAUGCAAAACAUAUAUAUGUACACAUGUUCAAUAAUACUCCAUCUAAUAUUAAUUCAAUAAUCCAUUAGAAAAAUUCAACGUCCUCUCUCAUUCAAGAUAUCUCCCAAUUCUGCUCUACUUAAAAAAACAUGAAUUCUUCUUACGCUAUAAAAACUAGUCCCCGCUUUUCUCGUGUUUUACUUUAUUAUCAUUAAAUCACUACUCCAUUGUGCCGUGGGGAUAGAUAUUAGUGUCAUGUGAAAAUUCCUAGAUAACUUGGUCUGUUACAGUAUCUUAGAAGAAUUAAAUUAAAAUCCAUUUUUUCUUUUAGGUCCAUAGAUAAACAAAUGCGCUUUUUCUGCAAAGUUUCAUUUUAAAAAGCCUUCCAAAAUCUUAUUGGGAUUAGCAGAUUAUUAUUAUUUUUUUUAAAGAAUAUUUUCCAAUGAUUGAAAGAUAACUAAAAUAAAACAAUAAAUAACUUAGCCUAACUAAGCAUGGAGAGCAAAGUCACUUGAUGUCAUCAGAGCUACUAAUAUCCAAACUUUCUCUGUCAUACAUUUUUCUUUUAAAGUUAACAUUUGACAUAAAUAGGAUUGGAGACAAAAGAGAUUCCCCUCAAUGAAGUCUCUCAACUAUCUGGUAGUGGAGAGACGAGAUUUCCCUCGAUGAAAUCUCCAUAUUAUCUGGUAGUAACUUACAUUGCUCAGCUGAGUUUAGACAAAAAGUUAAUUUUUUAAAUAUGGAACUACCUUAUAAGUUUGCUGUACACGACCGAGUAUGGAGUAAGCAACUCACGUCUUUUACAUCUGUAUUACGUUGCAGGACUUUGAAGGAGGCGCGACGACAUUCAUUGGCAGAGACGAUUCAAAGGUUCCACUCAUUCCUAAAACAGGUCAGUCAGGGCUGUAACUCUCACUCACUUUCAUAAUUCUAUUAAGCUCAGCUGAUUUGUCCACAUCUGUUCUAGUUGGCCUUGGAAGUAAUAAAAAAAAAAUUCAGUUACAAAAAUUUAAAGAAAAGUUAUAUGAAUAUAUUUGGUUAGUCAAGCCGUUUUUUUUUCAGUUCUCAAUAUGAUAACCAAUCAAGAAAUGUUUAUAUCUAACAUUGACUUUUCAAACAUUCAUCCUGAAAUUACUUACUCACUUAUGCCUUUUAGUCCAUUUGGGGCACAGGCCGUCUGCAAGAAUUUUCUAUUCAUCUCGGUCCUAUGCUUUCCUUUCCAGUUGCUUCCAGGUGUAUCCCAUACUUUGUGUGUGUGCGCCUCUAACUCCUCGUCUCCAUGUAUUCAUUGGCCUUCCUCUUUCUAUUUCCCUGUGGAUUCCAUGUUAGGUAUUGUCUGGCGAUAAUAUCUAUAGGUGUCUGAAGAGUUGUCCCUAUCCACCAUCGUCUUUUUGAAACGGAGUGUCGUCUACCUUGAGGCUUCCAGGAUAACCUUGAGGCUUCCAGGAUAACCAAGCUUGAGAUGCAAGACUUUAUAAUUCAUCUUGAGAAAAAAGAAGUCUUCCUUAUCAAAGUUGAAAUUGUUUUUGUUUUUUUUCCUUCUGCUUUUCUGUAGCAAUAGUUUUUUUUACAGGUGAGGUUGCUUGUUUCAAGCCAACCCUUUGGCACCUGGGGUUGGGUGCGGCGAUAACGGAUUUAAUGCAAUAAGGUUGCCAAGCCAACCCUUUGGCACCUGGGGUUGGGAGCAGCAAUGAGGGAUUUAACGUAAUAGGGUUGCUAUGCCAACCCUUUGGCACCUGGGGUUGGGAGCAGCAAUGAGGGAUUUAACGUAAUAGGGUUGUCAUGCCAACCCUUUGGCACCUGGGGUUGGGAGCAGCAAUGACGGAUUUAACGUAAUAGGGUUGCAUAUCUCCCCCCCAAAAAAUUAAGAAAAAACUGUUUCUUCCUUCUGUUACUAAAGGUUCUGUGUUGUUAUUUGAGCACUUCAUCUACCACGAGGGCUCCGAGGUCAUAAAAGGCAGGAAGUAUGCCAUGAGAACAGACAUAAUGGCUUCCAAAAGCACGGGACAAGUACGGUGAUAUUCUGUACUAAAACCUACAGCCAAUGUUCCCUUCUAAAAAUUUACAGACUAUAUAUAUAUGUUAUAGUAAUGUUUUUUGACUAAUGGGUUGCACUGUAUAGAAAUUUGCAUAUACCACACGCCCAACAGGCAAAAUGUGUCAAAAUAAUAAAAUAAAAUUAUUCGAUUUUAAAUUACUGGAAAUCAUUUGUUUAUUUUCAAAUGUGGUAGUCAGCCAGCAAUAUUGAACACGUCAGUUCCAUACUUUUUCACCAGCUCCAAGUUCUUUUCAUCAUUAUCUAAUUCCUCCCAGUUCGUGCAGUUCUUUGAAACUUCUAGGGGCCUCAUUUUAAUGGUAAAUGAUACAAAUUAAGUAUGAAAAUAAAUUCUGGCAAUAUUUACAGUAUCGGUAUGUAGUCUUUUUAAUAACAGGAAUGACCAGUUUUGUUCAGAUGUUUGAUGUACCAGCGUAAUACUUCAUAAAAUAGGGUCAAGACACUUGGUAUAUUUUAUAUACAGUAAUUGAUAACCGCAGAGACAGACUGCUUAAAAUUGUUUUUAAAAAUCUUAAUUGAAUGUAAAACUCUAUGAAAUUCAUUAUUAAAUCUUAAUUGAAUGUAAAACUCUAUGACAUUCAUUAUUAAUUUUCUGUUUUGCAGGUAUUUGACAAUUACAAAAAUAUGUAUUAAUUAAUUGUUAUUUCAUUUCUUUUUAAUGUCCUUUGUCAAAUUUGUAUUCAAAAUACAUUUAAAAAAUUUGGCGAUCAGGUGAACAUAUGUAUUUAUCAAUUUUUUUUGUCAGUUUUUUUAAAACAAUUUUUUUGCUAAUCCUGUGAUAUGUAGUUAGGUCCACAUCAAGCUGUAAUCUAGUCUACAUCAUGCUGUAAUCUAGUCUACAUCAUGCUGUAAUCAAGUCUACAUCAUUCUGUAAUCUAGUCUACAUCAUGCUGUAAUCAAGUCUACAUCAUGCUGUAAUCUAGUCCCCCUCUUGUAAAUCUCUCAGAUCUUUUCAAUUUUACAUUUAACUUGCACUUGGAGGUAAACCUGGCCAGUAUGACACCAAUCAGGACACCACCCAGACACAAUCCAACAGAAAGGCCAGCAAUUCUCCCUGAAAAUAGUUAUUUUUAAAAAUCCAAGUGUUGAUCCAUGUUCUUUACUCAAAUAGAAAUAAAAAAUGUAAAAAAUAUUGUGGACCAAAUAAUUGUAAAUUCCUCACUCAACAUCAAAACUUAUUUUGUUGUGUUCUAUCAUUGGUUCAUGUGCUGAUAAAGGAUCCAGUUCCUAGAACUCUUUGACUGUUGCUUGUUUCUUUGUUAAUUCCUUGUUUCUGCCUCAACAUCAAAACUAAUUUUGUUGUGUUCUAUCAUUGGUUCAUGUGCUGAUAAAGGAUCCAGUUCCUAGAACUCUUUGACUAUUGCUUGUUUCUUUGUUAAUUCCUUGUUUCUGCCUCAACAUCAAAACUAAUUUUCUUGUGUUCUAUCAUUGGUUAAUGUGCUGAUAAAGGAUCCAGUUCCUAGAACUCUUUGACUAUUGCUUGUUUCUUUGUUAAUUUCUUGUUUCUGCCUCAAAAUCAAAGUGGUUUUUGUUCAACUGUACAAGUACUACAAUUACAAUUCUUUAAAAAAUUGUGUGGCAAAAUAAAAGAAUAUUUUUAGCAUCAAAUCGACAUGUGAAAUAUGCCAGGGUUUUGAGAUGGUCAGCAUUAAUAUGUCUGACAGAAUUUUUGAUACCAGUAAUAUAAAAUAUAUAUUAAUUACUUACUAAAUAGGUGCAUCUAUACCGGUAGCCUACUACUUAACCAUAACAUUAUGGAGCACGUACCCAUAUAUCAAUACCCUAGUAUUAUGGUACACUCACCUGUAGACAACCCUAGUAUUAUGGUGCACUUACCUAUAGACCAAAACUGUUCUUGGGAAUGUUCAUCUGCUGAGACAACAUACAAAUAGCCAUAAUCUUAAUGAAUUCACUUGUACAUUCCCAAUUGUUGAUAAAAAUUUAUUUUCUAGAAAUAUUGUAAGUCUCAGUUAAGACAUUAACGUUAUUAUGUUCAUGAAGUAAAUUUAAAAACUCAAGGGGGGUCAUUUUGUUACAUUUUAAAAUUUGGCCGACGUUUUCAUUAUCUGUUUAAUUAUCUAUUAAUAAUUAAUUAACAAGGAAAACAUACUUAUUGAAACACAUUGUUUUGCUGCCUGUACUUGGGUUGUCUCCCUUGCAGAUGCUUGGGUUACCUCCCUUGUAAGUGCUGAUGACACCAGAGGGGAAGCACUUUGAGGUGGCAUUUUUUUGUCUGUUGACCCUGUUGUUGUUGUCAUGGGGGGAACUGACAAAGUUGUUGUUGACGUCCAGUGCACAUCUUCUGUGCUGACCACGCUUGUUGUGACCAGAGGGUCCGAAAAAACUAUGACAGAACCAUUGGCAUAAUGGAUCUCAUUCCAUACAGACCAGGGAACACCCACAAAUGUUGUGGAAACAUUCUGGCAUAAAUAAAAUAAACGUGUUACAGAUUUCCUCCAUUGCAUUUAUCAAUAUUUUUCGUGUGACAUUAGCUGAUCAGCGCCCCUUCACAUUCAUAGUUAAACAGGAUUAAAAUAUUUAGAAAUGUAUAAUUGUGGUGACAUUCCAUUUCCGAAUAAUGUUCAUAUUAUGAUGGUGAUACUUAUAUAUACAUUUGAAGCAUGAAUAAGAAUAAAAAUGCUAUUGACAUUAAUGUCCAAGACAUAUAUUUUAUAAAUGUCCAUUACAAAAUUAAAUGUCUUUUUUACCCAAUAAAAGUUUGGUACUGUUUCCUGAAUUUGAAAUUAGUCUUUAAAAAAAAAGAACUGACCAGUCAGUCUGACCAGUCAAUCUGACCAGUCAAUCUGACCUGUAAGUCCAAUGUUAUUAUUGCUACCACCUACUUUCAUCUGCUCAUAUAACUUAACAUAACAUCAUCAAAAUCUUGCUGAAUUCACUUGUACUAAUAAGGAAAGCUUAGGGGCUAUUCAUAUAGUCAAGAGCACUGAGAGGGGA